CAAAUGUAAACUUCCGGUAUUGCGAAUCUUAAAAUCAUUUGUGUUUAAAGUCAUUUUAUUGUACAAACACCGUAUUUGAGAAGAGAAAGGAUACAUCUGGCUCCACCUAUGAUUAGACGAGUUCUACAUCAUUGUAGAGGUGUCAUUCAUAAUCCAAGGCUAACUGAACGGUUUGGCGGGAUUAUUUUCAAGAUGGCUUCAACUGAUGCGACAGCAAUUGAUUCUAAAAUGGAUACAACUGAUAUUAUCAAAGAAAUAAAAUCUGAGGUCAAGUCGGAAAAUGAAUCCACAACAACAGAAAAACCCAUUGAUGUUGAUUGUAAAACAAAAGAGGAAAUAAAAUCUGAAGUCAAGUUGGAAAAUGAAUCCACAUCAACAAAACGACCCAUUGAAGUUGACAAUGAAAUGAAAGACGAAUUGAAGAAACAAAAACUAGAGAGCAAGACAGGGGGUGUAGCUAAUCCCCCAAUGCAAGGGAACCCCUUCAAAAGGAAAAAAGCCGCCCUUAUGUUGGUCUACUCAGGCAAAGGUUACUAUGGGAUGCAAAGGCAGUCUGCUCCACUUAAGUCCAUAGAAGAGGAUUUGCUUAAAGCUCUGUUAACUGUUGGCUGUAUCAACCAAGAGCACUAUGAACAGCCUGGGAAGGUGCAGUUCCAAAGGUGUGCAAGAACAGAUAAAAGUGUCUCUGCGGCUGGUCAGGUGGUUUCACUAAAGAUGGUGCUUAAUAUUGAAAAUUGCAUCGAAAAAUUGAAUGAAAAUCUUCCCGAUCAGAUAAGAGUUAUAGGUAUAAUUAGAGCGACACAGGGGUUCAACAGUAAGAAUAACUGUGAUGCCAGGACGUAUUCCUACAUGUUGCCAACAUUUGCCCUCAGUCCCAUUGAAGAGAAUACGGAUGAGAGUUAUCGGGUUCCUCUGAGCCGAGUGGAUGAUUUUAAUGAACUUUUGAAAAUGUACCUUGGAACGAAAAACUUCCACAAUUUUACCUCUGGAAAAAAACCAGAUGAGGCCAGUGCAAAAAGAUUCAUCAUGAGUAUGUCAUGUGGCCAGCCAUUUGUACGUGGGGGUAUAGAGUUUGUUGUAAUUGAAGUAAAGGGACAGAGCUUCAUGUUACAUCAGAUCAGGAAAAUGAUAGGAAUGGCAAUUGCAAUAAUGAGAGGUCUGGCCUGUAAGGAAGCAAUAGAAUGGGCACAGGCUCCUUUCAAGUAUGAUGUUCCAAAAGCACCAGGUUUGGGACUAAAACUAGAACAAGUACACUAUGAUAUAUACAAUAAACGCUAUGGCAAUGAUGGAUUGCACGAUGCCAUUGAUUGGACUAAAUACAAGGAUAUCAUUGACAAGUUCAAGGAUGAUUACAUCUAUACAACAGUUGUUGAAACGGAGAAGGAGGAAAAAUCUAUGUUCAACUGGCUGUCUACUUUACCGUACCAUCAUUUUGGCGACAGAAUCUCUGAGCAUAUUCCAGCCAGUAUGGAGACAGGAACCGGAAGAGCAGCGGCCCUCAUUAAGAGAGUGCGUGCUAAGGAGGAAGAAGAGGCAAAUGAAGCUGAAUUGAAUCAGAGUACAAACACAGAAAAUCCCAGUGCAGUUGAGAAUUCUGUAAAUGAAACAGACAAAACAAAUGAAUUGGAUGUAACUAAAAUACUUGAUGACUCUUCAAAACAGGAACCUACGGAGGUGACACCUAUUGAGGGAACACCAGAGCUCGGACAAUCAGGACUUACCAAUGUUGACAAGACUAAUGAUACAUGAAAUUGAAUAUUAACUUGUUAUGACAAAUAUACACAAUAUAAAUGAA